AUGCUGCUCGCAAUAGCGGUAAAUUUUGUUGCCGCUGCCUGGGAAUCACCUCAGCAACUCAAUCGUCCAGAAACCAUGCACUGGAUGGAUUGUGAUGCCGGAUUGUACAUCAUCAUUUAUCCGUGCCCUUGCGUCCGACGGCCCGAAAGUCAUGACUGCAUCUCAUACGACAACCGCUACCAGGCGUCGACCUUGGAGGAGGCCGUCAUGAACUUCCCAGAUCUGACGCUGAUGCACAUGCCGAUGAUGAAGAUGAACGAAGAACCCACUGCUUCAAUGUCGACCACAGAGGAGCCGGAAGCAACUCCAAGAAUUGCCACCACCGAAAGGCCAAAAGACAGCGCUGGCUAUCGCUGCACGCAAAAGACGUGCCUCCACUGCACUCACAUGCUCACAACGAGGCUAAAAUCAGCGGGCAUGCUGACCGACGAUGAGUUCGACCAAGUGAGGAGACGCUUGGGGAUACCACACAUGACAGAGUCUAGAGAGUGCAGACGAUAUCGCUUCUCAACGCCCUAUGUACCAGAAUUGCGCGAAAGUGGUGACUUUCAAGACGAAGGUAUAGGACGACGUGUCAAGCAUGUCAUGAAAACGUUCUCGAGCAUGGGUCUCGAAAAAUGGAACAGAUUUCAUAGUUGGCGAACAAAACGGGCACUGAAUUCAACCUCACAGAUAGGAACAGAAUACAAAAUUGACUGUAUAAAGAGAGGACAACCGUUGGAUCACGGUUCUGACUGGCUGGGUUUGUGUAAUUUUUGUUGGUCAUGGAGGAAGUUGCCAAAAAACUUCUUUCCUCAGUUUGUGAACGAACUCGUCUGUGAUGCAGACACGAAGUGUCUAUCAGGAUGGGGCAUGUGUCGACAGAGGCACAAAAGUAUCGAAGUGCUUCAGAACCUUGGAACAAAAGAGAAGCCAAAUUACAAGCCGCUUACCAUCCAUUCACCAAACCUUUGUGACUGCUAUGUGAAAUUCGGGUCGGCAAUGCACGCCUUUAUAUCUGCUUAA